UUCCUAAAGACAUGUGUGUUGAACUUGAACGUAUUAUGAAUGGCUUCUGGUGGACAGGUUCUUCCGGAAAGGGGAUUCGUUGGAAAGAUUGGAACAACUUGAGCACUCCGAAGAAGGGAGGUGGGUUGGGUUUCAAAAGACUCAGAGAGUUUAACUUGGCUAUGCUCGGGAAGCAAUCAUGGAGGAUCUUUACUAAACCACACUGUCUAGUAGUGAAAGUAUUGAAGGCCAGGUAUUUUCCCCGUUCUUCUUUUUUAGAAGCCAAAAUUGGGCACAAUCCCUCAUUUAUUUGGCGAAGCAUUCUAGAGACCCAGUCUCUGAUCAAGGAAGGUUAUAGAUGGAGAGUGGGUCGGGGGGACUCUAUUAAUGUUUGGGAUGAUCCUUGGUUGCCUUGCUUAGAUAAUCCGAGGGUGGAAUCUCAACUUGUUCAGGGGCUGGAAGGGUGUAAAGUGGCUGGUUUAUUGCAGAGGGACGGGGGAGGAGGCUGGGAUGUUGAUAUUGUAAAUGAUAUUUUUGGUAACAGGGAUAGGGAGCUGAUUCUUGGAAUACCGGUGAGUCAAAGGCAUGUACCAGAUAAAUUGGUAUGGCGUUGGGAGGAGAAUGGCAGUUAUUCGGUGAAAAGCAGCUACAAAUUCUUGAUGCAGAGCUCAGGAAAUGUUUCGAGUUAUGGCUGGACGAGAAUGUGGAAUUUACCUAUUCCACCGAAGGUCAAAUUCUUCUUCUGGCAGGCGUGUAUAGGCUGUUUACCUACGGCAGAUACCUUAAUGACUAAACGACAGGUCUGGGGCUUAAUGAAUUGGUCAUUUCAGCUUGAUGCUAGUAUAAGCUUUGAGAUGUGGGUUGAGAGAUUAUUGAAUAACCACAAUGAGGAACGUUGCAGUAAGUUUAUUAUGCUAAUUUGGGGGUUAUGGAAUGCUAGGAAUACAAUCCUUUGGCAGCAGGUUUAUACGCCACCUCAGAGUAUUGUGGCUGGAGCUUUAACAUUUCUGGAAGGUUGGCAGCAAGCUCAAGGAACAAACCGCAAGUCACAGAAUCAAUUGCAGACAACUGUGAGGUGGGUGAAGCCAGAUGAAGGAAGAGUGAAGAUAAAUACUGAUGCUGCGGUUAAAACGGGUUCAGGCAGCAUGGGCUUAGGGUGGAUAGCGAGGUCCAGUGAAGGGGAGUUCAUCGUUGGGGGUGCCAUUAAUAGAACAGGGGUGUUUCUACCAAGGGAGGCGGAAGCGCUAGCAGUCCGGGAAGCUCUCAGUUGGCUGAAGGAAGCGGGAUGGGACCAUAUAGACUUGGAGACAGAUUCACUACAGUUGAUCAAAUCCAUUCAGAGUGGGGAAGAUGAAUCAUCAUUUGGUGUUAUUGUGGGCGAUAUUCGAGAGCUCUCAACUAGUUUUAAUGACAUAACUUUUGCUCAUGUGAGGCGGUCAGCGAAUCGGGCGGCACAUGAUAUGGCUAAAGCUGCUGAUUCUAUGUCUGGCUGCCAUAUUUGGUUUUCUUUCCCUCCUGAUUGUAUUUCAGCUUCUUUGAACCAUGAUUAUAUUAAUACAAGCUAAGUUGAAUUUUGCCAAAAAA